AGGCCAGCAAGACACGUGCCCAGCCCCGGGCAGGGUCCUCAGCAGAUGUGACCGAGCAGCUGGAGGAGCCAGCCCAGCCCAGCCCAGCGUGUCGGGCGCCUGCAGCAGCGCUAGGACCGGCAGGCCCCGGCCGGGGAGCGGCCCGGGUGUGCAGAAGCACUUUCCUGCCCGGCCCCAGCCCUCGCCCCCGAGGUCUCCCCCUGCCGUGCCCGGCUCGGGAGCUGAUGCGGGUGGAGCCCGGGCUGCGCUGGUCCCGGGCAGAGAGAGCCCCGGUGCGGGGAGCGCUGCAGGCAGCCGGGGGGUGGUGGCUGCUGCUGCGGGACACAGGAAGGGGCUGGAGCAGCGGAGCGGGCGGGGCUGGGAGGAGGGAGCGGGCGGGCAGCGCUGGGGAGAACAAAGGGCCGAGCAGGUCCCAGGCAGUCCCGGGCCGGGGGCUGGGACGUUGCAGGGCGCUGCUGCCUCCCUCCGCUGGGAGCCAGGGCUGAGCAGCGGCUGCUCCCACGGGGCUGUGCCCCCGGGAGACCUUCGGUGCAGCUGCUUCUGCGCCCGGACAGAGGGGGCUUCCUCUGCGGGGCUGGGACUAGCCCCCCGGGCCCGGCUCUGCCGGCAUCAACUCCGGGCCGGAGACCCAGGCUGCAGAAUAACAUCCACAUUUUGCUCCGGAUCGUCCCAUCCUCCCAGGGGAAAGGAAAUGGCGUCAGUGGAGUCCGCUCAGGGGCCGGUGACCUUCGAGGAGCUGGCUGUGUACUUCACGGAGGGGGAAUGGGUUCUGCUAGACCCUGUUCAGAGAGCCCUCUACAGGGAGGUCAUGCAGGAGAACUAUGCCACUGUGGCCUCACUGGGGUUUCCAGUUUCCAAACCUGAUGUGAUCUCCCAGCUGGAAAGAGGGGAAGAGCUGUGGGUCCCAGAUCUUCAGGGCUCUGAGGAAAGAGGGCUCCAGAAAGGUGCCCAGACAGGAGAUGGGAUGGUGAGUGAGAACAAUGAGUAUUCCCAGCAGGAAGAUGCUGAGCAACUGGAACCACAUGGUACAUUAGCAGGAAGAUGCAAAGAGAAAGUUUCUGGGAGCUGUGGAGAGGCAAAAGCCUGUGAGAAUCAGCAUAGACCAGAGAAAAGCUUCAGUAGUGGCUCAGACCUUAUUCGACAUGAAAGAAUUAAUAUGGGAAAGAGACCUUACACAUGCUCUGAGUGUGGGAAAAGCUUUAGUCAGAGCUCAACCCUCAUCACACAUUACAGAGUUCACACUGGAGAGAGGCCAUACAUAUGCCCUGAAUGUGGGAAAAGCUUCAGUCAUGGCUCAGCCCUUAUCACACAUCAGAGAAUCCACACUGGAGAGAUGCCUUACACAUGCCCUGAAUGUGGGAAAAGCUUCAAUCACAGUUCAAAUCUCAUCAAACAUCGAAGAAUCCACACAGGAGAGACACCCUACACAUGCUCUGAGUGUGGGAGAAAUUUCUGUCGGAGUUCAGCCCUUAUCACACAUCAGAGAAUCCACAUGGGUGAGACACCCUAUUCGUGCGCCGAGUGCAAGAAAACCUUCAGUGAGAGUUCAGACCUUAUUAGGCAUUGGAUAAUCCACACAGGAGAGAAACCCUACACAUGCCCUGAGUGUGGGAAAAGCUUCAACCACAGCUCAAACCUGAUCACACAUCGGAGAAUCCACACUGGAGAGACACCCUACACCUGCCUUGAGUGCGGGAAAAGCUUCAGCCAGAGCUCACACCUCAUCACACAUCAGAGAAUCCACACGGGAGAGCGACCCUACACAUGCUCUGAGUGCGGGAAAAGCUUCUGUCGAAGCUCAAACCUCAUCACACAUCAGAGAAUCCAUGUAGGGAAGACACUCUGCUCAUGCUCUGAGUGUGGGAAAAGCUUCAGUCGGAGCUCAGCCCUUAUUAGUCAUCAGCGAAUCCAUAGAGGAGUGACAAACUACACAUGCCCUGAGUGCGGGAAAAGCUUCAACCGGAGCUCACACCUCAUCACACAUCGGAGAAUCCACACGGGAGAGAAACCCUACACGUGCUCUGAGUGUGGGAAAAGCUUCAGUCGGAACUCAAAUCUGAUCACACAUCAGAGAGUCCACACUGGAGAGACACCCUACACAUGCUCUGAGUGCGGGAAAAGCUUUAGUCAGAGCUCAACCCUCAUCACACAUCAGAGAAUCCACACAGGAGAGAGACCCUUCAAGUGCCCUGAGUGCGGGAAGAGUUUUAGUCAGAGCUCAACUUUUAUCAAACAUAAGAGAAUCCACAUAGGCGAGUAAUGCCAUAAAUGUCUUGACUAGGGCUGGCCAAAGAUUUUUUGUAAAAUACAUUAGCGAAUUCCCACAUAGUUUGCACCAUUUUCUUCAGUGUGGUGUCUCAGCUCCACAUGAGUUGCCUGCCUCUAUUUUGCACCUUCCCCUUCUUUGGGGUGAUUUUCAUGAUCCUUUAUAUCAACUCCUUUGUCUUUGGGAGUGUCUUCCUCCUCCCAGAAAUAUCCAUCAGCGCCAGGUGGGGGAGAUGGGUUGACCUUGACUAGCUACACUGAGGUAAAAGCUACCUGUGCCUUGUCUCCACUGGGAUUCUACAUGGAGGUAGCUGCUCAGCUUAGCGAUCUUCUUGUAACAACAAAAGUACAUUUGCAGUGCAGACAUAACCCGGGUACAGUGGCUGGAGUUAGCUUUCCCCUUGACCUGAGCUCACCUCCAUCAUUUUUCCUAGUCUAGACAAACCCCGAGGAUCACGUUGAUACCAUUCCCCCAUUACAAAGUGAUUGUUAGUCACCGUGUUCCCCCUUGGGGACAGAUUGUCUCAAUUCCUGUUGUUCUCACCUUGCUCAGGGUUAUGCUGGACAGAAGUAUUUUUUCUACCAUUUUCCUCAAUUAAAAUAGAUUGAAAUAGAACAAGGAGCAGGGUGGGGUUGGGUGAAAUGUGUAAUUUCAGUCUCUGUGAUACCUAAAGGAGAUGGGGUGUGUCAAAGGGAUUCCCUCCUUCCCCAUCACUGUCACAAUCACCCCUCAGCCCAGCAGCAUUAGCUUCUGUGUAAGGCACAAUAGCGUUUAUCCUCCCCACGUUCUACCCCUGCACCUCCCAAAGUGUCAUGUGAUGCCAUGUUCUGUGUUCACCCUGUGCUUAGGUGUCACGCUUUGAUCCUAAAUCAGAUUCACUGGGGCUAGAGAUGAAAGUGUCACAGACCUGGAAGGGGAAUUUGAUGGAUUCCAAACACAGAGUAGUCAUUCUGUGCUUUCAUCUCUGCUUCUAUCUAUUGGCAAAGCUGCUUCUGGGCUUUUUCCUGGGGAUUGUUUGCAGAUGGGAAAGUCGGCUGCAUUUCCCUCUUGUGAUGAAACUUAAAUCUUUUGUACAUAACGUGACAUUAAUAAUGAGGUGGCACUGGGUGAAGAAAGUUUGAAUGGACCAGAGGAGAAUGCAAUGGGAGAAUCUGUUUUGAUUUAUCAGAUAUAACCUGCUCUGGAAAUUCAUUUUAUAAGAAACUGAAGGUGUUUUAAAGCCCUCUGUAUUGUGAGUUUUUCCUCUUUCCUGAAGAUGGUUUGGUCUCACAAUUAGAUAUUACAUUUGUUUGACAGAAUUUACCUCUGAUUUACUGAGGAUUUUGAGACAGAUGACCAUUUGGUACAACAGAAUUUCUUUUAUUUGUGGCUGCUCCUCACCCCUCAUGAUGACAGGGAGGAAGUUCAAAUGCAGUUCAGUCAUUGGGAGAGAAUGCUCCAAGUUACUGGGCACGGUACCAAGGAAACAGUAGUGUUUUAAAAUUUCUACUUUGAAGUGGGAACAACAGCAUACCACAAAUUGUGCAACUAACUCAAGUAACUGGACACGAGCAUACUUGUUGUGGAUGCAAUAUAAAUUUAUAACAAGGGAUGUCCAAUGACUAGGCUUAAUCAAUUUAUUAAUUAAGGAUUAUUAGUCAAAGAUUAAUACAUCAUAAUACAAAAAGGAAGAGUGCCUAGGUUACCAAUCCCUCUGGAAGACCAGAUUGCAGAGCUCACACUGUCUCAAAGAUCCUGUGCUUAUCCCUCCUCUAAUUGUACCUAUCUGGGGGGGAGUUUCACAAUUUUCCCCAUAUCAUUUUAUCGGAUACAUCUUUCUUCUCUGUUUUCUGUGGCAUGUUUUUCAUAGGCAGUGAUUGUUGCACUUUCUAUGUGAGGGAUAUAUUGUAAUUUUCAACAUGGCAUAUAUUUUACAUUUUGACAAUUAUGUAGACUUUACACAUUGAACAAAAACAGAGAGGCAUGUACACAAGACAAGAAUUUUGAUUUGAACAUUCCAAGCAUAGUAUUCUCUCUUUUUCUGCUAUAUUUGUGCCUACCCCUGAAAUGAAAAUACUUCAGCUAUCUCGUUGUUUAACUUAGAUAAAAAAGCAUUUUGGAAGAUCUUAACAUGAGGACAAUUCAAGAAACAUGUAAUAUUAUAUAUAAUAUUAGCAGUGUAUAUACUAUUAAUAUUGGCUAACACUAUAGAAGUUACAGACUUUCUUUCUCUCCUAAUUCCAUCUAUAUUGUAGUAGCCAGGGAUAGCACAACACCAAGAAGCUAUUGUAUUUAAGUGUAUCUUACAAGCUUCUUGUAUCUUAGUUUUUGCUAAGCUUGUAUUCUCCAGCACAGAUACUAAGGAGGAGUUCUUACAAAGGUCACAGCAUCUACUGUAUGGUAAUACAUAGGGCCCUACCAAACUCAUGGCCAUGAAAAAUGUGUCACAGCCAGUGAAAUCUGGUUUUUGCCCAUGAAACCUAGUCUUUUGUUUGUUUUUAUCCUUUACUAUACAGACCAGUGUUUCACAAACUGGGGGCCCUGACCCAAAAGGGUGUUGGGGGGGUCACAAGGUUAUUUUAGGGGGUUGCAGUAUUGCCACCCUUACUUCCGCAUGGCCGGAGAGUCGCGGCUGCUGACCAAGGUCCCAGAUAUGAAGGCAACAGUUCAGAAGAAAGGGUGGCAAUACCAUAACAUGCUAUCCUUACUAUGCGCUGCUGCUGGCAGUGGCUCUGCUUUCAGAGCUGGGCUCCUGCCACCGCUCUCCAGCUGUCCAGCUCUUAAAGGCAGCACCACUGCCAACAGCAGCACAGAAGUAAGGAUAGCAGUACCACAAUACCCCCUACAAUAACUUUGCGACCUCCCCCACAACUCCUUUUUGGGUAAGGACUUCUACAAUUACAACACCCUGAAAUUUCAGAUUUAAAUAUCUGAAAUCAUGAAAUUUAUAAUUUUUAAAAUCCUAUGACUGUGAAAUUGACCAAAAUGGACCGUGAAUUUGGUAGGCCCCUAGUAAUAGUUACAGAGAAUGUAACAUGAAUAUAAACGACUUCAAAUAUAACAUACUUUAUAAACUCA